CGCUCGUUUCACACACCGAGAGACAUCACGAAGGCUGCGUGAGAACAAAGCGAGACGGAAGAAGAAAAGCGUUGACCUCGUCCAACAGUAAGGUCUUCGGGCGCUCUCUACUGCAAUUUUUUUCGCCAGAUAGAUUCAUCUAGAUGAGUUACUCAAUAGCGCCUUCUCUAAUAUUGCUUUUCGGCGUGUUGUCCGGCGGGCAAGCCUUUCAAUUCAAAGCAUUUGCUCCUAGAUCAUUGACACGAGUUCUGGCGGAACCGUCGACGACAGCUCCCGCUGAUUCUCAGACAUCUUCUUCGAAUAAGGGAAAGACACUGGGGCUUCUUACGUUUGACCUAGACGAUACGUUGUACCCUAUCGAUCUCGUUCUGAAUGAAGCCAACGCAGCGUUCGCUCGUGCCAUGGAGAAUUUUGGAUACAAAGGCAUCCAGCCUAGCGAUAUCAAUGAGACGAGCAAAACGAUUCGCGAGGAAAUUGCUGCUCGCGAUCCUCAAGAAGCGGCGGCCUUGACACACACUGAACUCCGUAAAUUGGCCAUCCGACGAGAGAUGGAGCAAAUUACCAUCACUCGAAAAUUGCAAUCGUGCGCGGAUGAUUGGGCAACGCCAGUAGCUGACUUGUCCCCAGUGGUCGUCAAACACGCCAAAAAGUGGGCGACGGAAGCCGUUUCUCCGACAAUCGUUCAGGCUGUUUUGAACGCUUGGGAAAUGGAACGACACCACGCCGCUGAACGCCACCUAUACCCCGAAUGCGUGGAAGUGUUUGAGCGUAUUAAACAGGACCACCCAGACGUCAUUAUUGGAGCUGUCACGGAUGGCAAGGCCAAUCCGCUUUUCAUGACCUUUACUUUAGCUCCGUACUUUGACUUUUGUAUGAGUUGGGAAGACGAUCAAGCCGGACGACGAAAGUUCUUCAAGGAGCUCGGGUCCAUUGAAGGAAACGCAGAUCUAAAGUGGAUUUAUGAUGCCGCUCUUGAAAAGUAUCAGGAGUUGGCAUCGGCAGCUGCUGCAUUACAAAAAGGAGAUUCUGCCCAAGACCCAAACAAGAUCUGGAUUCAUGUAGGGGACGACUUGGCCUACGAUGUUGGCGGCUCGGCCCAGAGUGGAGCAAAAACAAUUUUGGUGGAGCUUGACGACGAGAAGUAUCACCAAACGGCACGUCACCGAUUCGAAUUGACGAAACAACCAGACUGGUCCACCACGUCCGACAUUGAACUCGAGAAGCGCAAAGUCAUGAACGAGGCUGCAACAAAUCAAAUCGAUCGCAAGAUUAAAUUCCUUACGAGGCUACCAGAAGCCAUCAACGAAGUCCUCGAGGAGCAGAGCUAAAAGUGGGCUCAUGGACAAGCUCUCGGUGGGUAACGAGCAAUUUCAAGUUAAAAACAUGUAUAUUUAACAUUGCAUGAUUGCUUUUC